AUGCAAGGUUUCACAUUCACACCCCCGACAGGCCCACCCAGGGAAGGCCAGAAAAACUAUGUAUUCGUUGAUGAACAUAACAGGCAUAAGAGGCUCAAAGUAAUGCGAGCUUGCAAUGGCUGCAGGAAACGGAAGAUCAAGUGUGAUGCUGCUACAACAAACACGUGGCCUUGUUCGGCAUGCACACGCUUGAAGUUAGUAUGCGUUCCUCCAACAAUUGGGCAUGAUGGCGAGUAUCCUGCAGUGGAAAGCGUUGAAACCAAUCCUGUCGACUCGUUGGGCGCGUCGAACACAUCAGAACCCUCACUAUCGUCAUAUACGAGCUCCCAAACAUAUCGAGAUUCCGGGCCACCUUCAAUGAGUAGCAUGCACCCAUAUAAUGACAACAUCGGGAUCUAUCCACAAUUUGCGCAUUCUACUCCAGGCCAGCCAAAUGUCUACGACAUGAGGUCGCCCCAAGUGGCCAUGCCACAUCAUCAAUACACUCAGUCACAGAUGUUCUCCAACGAUCAAACUCAGCCUCUGGGAACCGCAGAAAGUGAUAUAUACAGUGAGCACGACCAGUCCACUGCAGAGAACCUCAGCGAGGUCUUAGGGGAGCUCAAGAUAGACGAGACUGGUAUUGCGCCGUACAUCAGACAGCAACGAAGGGAAAGGGCUGAACCAGAAAUCCCGACCCAGGAUGAAGUAGACGAAAAGUUACCACCUCUCAGUACCGGAGCUGGAGCCACUAUACGCAUCCCGCCCGAACUCAUGCCAUCUGAUGACGAGGUCAUGAAUUAUUUCAAGAUAUAUUUUGAUGAUAUUCAUCCUUACGUCCCUGUCAUCCAUCGAUCUCAUCUGUACUAUCAGUGGCAACACGAACGAAGCUCAAUAUCUCCGCUUCUACUCGAGGCACUAUUUGCAUGCGCAGGGAGGCUAUCGGACGACCCGGCCCAAGGAGCACAGUGGCUCGCAUUAGCAAACAGGCACGAAUCUAGUUUUAUGGACGAACCUCGCCUCAGUACGAUACAAGCUCUGCUUCUACUGUUGAAGGCCCGAGAGUCACGGCCUAAGAAAGGUUAUUAUUACCGUUCUUGGCAAACCGUCAAAACGAUCAUCUCCAUGGCGAAAGAUCUGGAUAUCCAUGAACAUAACAAUCUCCACACGGAAGGCAGGUCUUGCGACUUGAAUCCGGUAGAAUGCUUGGUGCAGACACGGGUCUGGCAGGCCCUCCUGGUUGUCGAAGUCAUGAUAGGAGCGCCGCAGGGGCGCUCCGAUUACGGUGUGGACCAUGAGACAGUAAAUACGAGUCCAACUUUGGAUAUCAGAGGCCUUGAUCAGUUCGAAAUGGAUCGGUCAAGGCAAUAUGCGUACUUCGUCCGGAAUGCACGCCAUAUUCGCAUCAUUGCCGACAUAUAUCAUAAGAUAAAGAAACAAAAAGAUUGGGGGGCUAAUCCUAAGUUCGUUGAAAAGAACCCUCUCUUUACCGACUGGCUUCAGAGUUUACCACCGGAUCUACAAGUCAACUAUCCUCCCGAUGGCUCACCACCAUGGAUUCCAUCACAUUUUGUCGGAAAUAUGCACUCCCACUGUCAUCUUGGGAUUAUCCUGUUGCACCGUCCACAAUUAAUAGCCUCCAAAUCUUUUGCGGCAGGGGGAGGUUGGAAGAUGCAUAUGGCGUUAUGCUACUCUUCGGCAAAAUACCUUUGUAGGCUCCAAGAAGCCAUUCUGAACCGCUUUGGGCUGUCUGGCCUGCUUUUCAUGCAAAGGGGCAUAAAUUUCACAAUAUACACCAUCUUGACAUGCACAAUGCUGCACCUUGUGGCCAUAACAUCUCCAGACCCGAAUUUUCAUACGGACGCGCGGGAAUACUUCACACGACACAUGCGAAUACUUGAGCGUUGUUCUUCUGCUUGGCCUAUGCCAGAGUUACAAGCGCAAAUAGAUUCAUUGCGUUUCGCCUUUUCAGCUGAUGUGAACCGACCUUUCGAUUUGAAGCCAACUUUCCCAUAUGGGAGUCCCUCCGAGCCAUAUCACCCAAGCCCGCCAAUAGAUUCACAUUACGCUUCUCAAAUCAGUCAAGUACCUGGCGUUCAAAGUAGAUCCGAUUCCUCUCAGCUCCAGCCCUUGGGAUUAAUCCCCUCCCAAUCGAUCUCCACCCACGGAAUGAAUGCGCCUUUGGUUGAUGAAAAUAGCUGGGAUCCUACUCGUAUUAUCAAUCAAUGGGAUAUGGCAUUUUCUAUUGGUACACCCACUGUGACAACAAACUCCCCACCAAUGGCUCUGAGCAAUCCUGCUCAGGCUGUUCAACCUUCUUUACCUGACCAUUUCCCCGUACAAUAUGAGCAGCAAUCAAAGGUUACCCCGGUCGCGCCAGCUCCCAUGCCACAAACUCAAUUCACUGGGCAACAAGUUUUGUUCACAGCGCGAGAUUGGCAACAAAGUGUAGCUAGUGUGUACGAUCCAAACGGUCUCAAACGGCGGUGGAAUUAUUCAGUCGACCUAGGAACCGAAGGCACUUCAAAGCGCCAGCGGUAA